AUGAGUCACAGGACCUCCUCCACCUUCAGAGCGGAGAGAAGCUUCCAUUCCUCCUCCUCCUCCUCUUCCUCCUCUUCUUCCUCCUCAGCCACCCGAGCCCUCCCUGCCCAAGACCCACCCAUGGAGAAGGCCCUGGGCAUGUUCUCUGAGGAUUUUGGCAGCUUCAUGCGGCCCCACUCGGAGCCCCUGGCCUUCCCAGCCCGUCCAGGGGGGCCGGGCAACAUCAAGACCCUCGGAGACGCCUAUGAGUUUGCAGUAGACGUGAGUGAUUUCUCACCGGAAGACAUCAUUGUCACCACCUCCAACAACCACAUUGAAGUGCGGGCUGAGAAGCUGGCAGCUGAUGGCACAGUCAUGAACACCUUUGCCCACAAGUGCCAGCUGCCUGAGGACGUGGACCCCACAUCGGUGACCUCGGCCCUGAGGGAAGAUGGCAGCCUCACGAUCCGUGCACGGCGCCACCCGCACACAGAGCACGUCCAGCAGACCUUCCGGACAGAGAUAAAAAUCUGA